AUGGGCACCGAUGGAUUCCACCGCUUCUCCCACGGCCACCAGGACCUGCUCCUCUCCGUCAGCUACAAUUUCUACGGAACGCGCAUGGCCUCUGCGUCUGCAGAUCACAGGGUCAAAGUCUGGGACCGGAACGAGCAAACCGGGCUUUGGACGGUCACGGAUGUAUGGACGGCACACGAUGCCGAAGUCACGGACGUGAGAUGGAAUGGUCCGUUCGUGGGCGAGCAUCUGGGCACGAUCGGCGAAGAUGGCCUGGUCAAGGUCUGGCAGGAAGACGUCAGUGAACUGCCCAAUUCCGGACGGCGAUUCAAGAAGAUCUUCCAGCAGGUCACGGCCACCGGUGUUCCGUACAUGUGUCUGGACUUCAAGAACAUCGGCACGGAAACGUACUUGGCCGUCAUCACGCGUGAUGGAUACCUCACCGUCUGCGAGCCUGAAGACCACGACCAACUCUCCGCUUGGCGCAUCAUGUGGUCCGACUACCUCUGCAAGACCCCUCCGCGCACAGAGGAAACCGCGUUCAGACUGAGCUGGCACAAGGAGAAAAUUCCCGCAUGGCCAGCCGUCGUCGCGGGUCUCGAUCGCAAAUGUCUCAGCUUAGCAGUCGCCAUUGGGACCUCGGUCAAGGUCUUCCGCACCGACAAGGAACGUAAAUUCUACACCGCAGCCACGCUCGAGGGCGCGCAGAGUCUCGUGCGAGACGUCAGUUGGUCCAACGGCAGCAUGCGAGGCUUCGACACCAUCGCCACAGCUAGCAAGGACGGCUGCGUGCGCAUCUACGAGCUCCAUACCCCGGGUGCUUCGUCUCUAUCUACCUCCGUCAAUGGCUCUCCCACCGAGCACAGCGUCUCACAAGAGCCGUCGCCUUCGACACGACCUGCUCGGUCAGGCAUAGGCGCGGGCCUCGCGGGAGGGUCACGCGGCAGGAGAGACGACAAUGCCGGGGCACCGGGAGCUGUCAGGCAAGAGGUCAAGCUGGUCGCCGAGCUCGAGGCGCACAGACUCACGCCGUGGCGCGUGUCCUGGUCGCCCAAUGCGGACAUGCUCCUAUCCUCGGGCGACGACGGUGUGACGUGCGUCUGGAAGAGGACAGUAGACGGCAAGUGGCUGGAAGCUGCGGAGAUCGAUGUAAUUGCUGGCUAG